GCACAACGUAGUCAGCUCACGAGCCGGGUACAGCAACUAACGGACAGGUAGGUACAGGGGGUUAGGCAGAGAAUGGUCAGGGUCACAAGCCAGGGAUCAAACAGGAGAAGUCAGCAGAGGUCAGGAUCAGGCAGGGUCGGCAACAAGUCAGGCAGGAACAGGAACAGGAAUGCAGGUUACAAGAUACAGGGCCCCAUGGAAAAACACACACCAAGGCACAGACUGCAGGUCUGGCCAUCCCUUAAAUACACCUGCAAUCAGCCCCAGGUGAUGGCUAAUUGCCGAAGUGAACCUCUGGUUGUUGAGAGCACCCGCUGGCCAGCCCUGGUACUGCAGCCCACAAGGCAGGUGAGUCCCACCACUAUUGGCAAGUCCAUUCCUGACAGCAGCUGAGUCCCACCACUAUUGGCAAGUCCAUUCCUGACAGCAUUUAU